UCAUUUAAGUAUUUGAGCUCGCGCGUUGAAAACAAAAGUGCAAAGCUAACGGACCACGGCACAAGCAUUAACGGUUUAGUGUACCACAAGAAACGAAGCAAUCGCAGUGUUACUUGCAUACAAAUAACAUAAAGCAAUCAAAGCAACAACAAAAGUGAGAAUUUCGUUGUUGAAAAGUUACAAGAAUUUAAUCAUAAAAAUUAAAAAAACAGUUGAAUAAACUUGCCUUACAAUACAAUACAUACAAAAACAAUACGUUUUCCGGUUCUUUAAAGACCCAACAGCGCUCCAAGGAACGGAAAAGGCCAGCGCUUUAGUUCGCCUUAGUGGAUAUACGCAGCCUUUGUUAGCCCGAAAUUUUGGAAUAAAUCACGAACAACAAUGCAUUUACGACUUAUUCUGCUAGUCUCCGCGACAUGCCUAUUGGGCAGCGCGUACUCGGCUGCCAGCAGUGAUGUGCUCGCCUCAGCCACUACCGCUAAACCGCAAGGCUUCGCUGCACGCUCCAUUGAAGCGACCGAUGAGGAGGAUGAAUUUGAAUCGCAAGCGCAGACGCAUUUAGCUUACCGACAACAACAGCAGCCACAACAAAUACAACAACGUCAAUUGUAUGACUACAGUCAGUCAGAGGAGGAUCAGGAGGAAGCGCCACGACAAAUCUAUCAAAGUCGAAAUGUGAAGCAGCAGAGUAAUUACCUGAAGCAAAAUAAGAAACCACUAACCAGCGAGGAGGAAAGCGAAGAGGAGGUAGAGGAAGAGCCGGACCGAUUAUCACAAUUGUUGGCUAAGUCAUCGUUCAAUUGCAACACGAAAAACUCAGGCUAUUACGCCGAUGAGUCGCUCAACUGCGAAGUAUUCCAUUACUGCCAAGACAACCAACGCCAUUCCUGGAUCUGUCCGGAGGGUUUCACCUUCCAUCAAAUCCACCUCAUCUGCAUGCCACCAUCGCAUGACAAUAUUUGUCAGCAAUCGUCGAAAUAUCACAUUGUCAACGAUUACCUCUACAAACCAAUCAAUCUUCAGGAACACCAAAGUAAACCAAAUGUGACCUUGCGCUACUCAGAACGCUACUAUCCCGAGAACUACUAUGAAAACGAACGUUACGAAGAUGAAGAGGAGGCGCCACGUCAACGCGUGAAUCAUCAGCGUCAACCUGUUCAAGUGGGCUUCCAGCAGCAGCAGCAGCAGCAACAACAGCAACAGCCCAUCUACCAACAGCCCCGCCAACAAGUGCAGCAGGUACGCCAUCAACCCGUCCAUCAGCAGUCACAGCCUCAACAACAGCAAACAACCGCUUACCGCAAACCAGUGGCCACCGCAACAACGACUCAGCCACAGCAGCAGCAACAACUGGUUCAACCCAUACAACAGCACCCAAUUCAACAACGGCCCAUCGCUCAAACGAUCGCUCCACUGGUUACACCGAGCCCUUACAGAUUCUUCACGGCUGCAUCUCCCCUGCAACAUGCCGUGCCACAGCCACAAGUUUACCGUACACCAGAGGAAAUUAAUAUUUCACUGUUACAGCGCCGCCCACAGCUGUUCGUCGCCACCUCGACGCCGCGGUACUAUGAGGACGAUUACCUAUACGAACGUAGAAAGUAAAGUUGCUCAAUUAAAAUCGAACUCGCUAUCUUUCUCUUCAACUGUAGUCUCUCCACACUCUUGCUUACGGUAACCCUAUCUUGUAUUUAUCUUGUACAGCAAUUGCAAUCUGAAUUGUAUUCAAAGCGCAAAUCGAACCCUUCGAUCCUAAUCUAGCUUUAAACAUUAAGUCUAACGAAUUGUAAACAAUUUUUAUUUUUACUCUUUCUUAGUUAUUUACUGUUAUAACAUCUAUGUAUAUGCAUGCAUAUAACGAAUUCGAAAGUCGUCCCAAAAAUCGAAUUAUAUGUGUACCUUAAUAUGAACGGUUAUUUGUACUUUUGUAAACAUAAAUUAAAUUAAAUAUGUGAAAAUACUAAA